GAGAUCAUGUCCGACAAGUCGAUCAAAUGGCAGUCAUCAUGAUGCCAAAGGCACGCGCUCAGAAUCCACCAUCCGUUCCCGGCGAGUGCCAACGUGAAUGGACUAUUUCUCCAAGUUCCUUCGACCUGGCAACGCUCCCGCACCCAAACCGGUCACCGAUCAUGCACAGGAAUUUCAUAGGUCAUGGAACCGCGUCAAAAGCACCCUCACGCAUCCGGAUGAACGUCAAUUGACCAAGGGAAUCAAGUCGACGGAUGUCCCGGCCCAACUCCAAUCCAUGGUGGACGCCUUGGUGUCUGAGUCGAAUCGGAUAGAGGAAGGAGGAACUGGGGCUUGCUUAGAAUAUUUGUUGAAGAACGAUGUCCUCGGAACACUCGUCCGCCUGAGCGAGCACGAUCGACCAUCCGGCAUCCAGGCCGAGGUUCUACGAGCCGUUCAGAACAUGGUCGUCCUCCUCGACGAAACCUUCCUAAUACACUCCGCCGUGCACCGCGCCGUUUUGCGACUGCUGCGCAAUUGUGCUGGCGACGAUCUUCAGGAGCAGCUGGAUGGGAAGAACAAGGUCAUGGGUGCUGCGCGAGACGCGAUACGGGCACAACCAUCUGAAUACGAAGAGGAUUUGGUCAAUCUUCUGUGCAUUCUGUGCAGCCGUAUCCGGAAUUAUCGUGAACUGCUCAUGAUCUUCUUCCACGACAAGCACUGGUAUCGGUCUGAGCCUCUGUUUUCAGUCGAGGAAGAGGGAGAGGAGGGGGAAGAGGAGGAAUUGGACGCCAACGCGGAUGGAUCCAGUAUUGCACGGCGUGCUUCUCCGACGCCUUCUCAGGAUACGGUCACCUCUGCUCCUACUUCGACCACAAAGAAGACAGAGUACGAAUUCCUCCUGUUCAACUAUCUGCUCCGCUUCGUCCAUCGAGAAGGCCAAAUCGGCGAAUUCGCACGCGCCGGCCUACUGUUCUUGAUGGAUGUGGCAAUGUCACCCGGCGGGGACUACGGGCGUAAAUCCGUGGACGAUGCGUCGGUCUCGUCCGAUCCACCGUCCUCCGAUCCCAACACCGACGCGGCACUGGCACUCGCCGAAUACAUUCUCGACGGUGACUUUUCGGAGGUGCUGGGAGCCGGUCUGGGUGCUGUCUACUCUCUGCUUCCGUCCAAGCUACAAUUCCGCCUGCAAACGUCUUCUGGCACAGGGAUGAUGAUCGGAUCGACCGGACCGGAAUCAGAGGACGAUGUUGAACGGAUGGAGGUGGCCAAGGACCGAGCGCGAGCCAUGGGUAUUGAAGAUUCCGCCAACCCAGAUUUCAAGCUCCGUCUGGAUCACUUCCUCAAGCUGUUGGAGUUCCUUCAAGACGUGCUGAAACGAAAUGUUGCACACGACACUGUUGAUGCGUCGGCGCUUGUUGGGACCGCCAUCGUGCAAUCGAUCUUGGAUGCGGUUCGACGUAUAUUCUUGGAGAAUGUGCUGUAUCCAUCGGUGCUUGAAUGCUCCGAUGCAGAUGGCAGUGCUGUGGCGGUCAUGUCCUAUAUCGAAGUGAUGAUCAGGACCCUGCAAGAGGAGCAACUUUCCGAUCUGUUCGUCAAUUUCCUGCUCAGUGAAGACAACGACGAAGUCCGCACGCGCCAGAAAUCGCACGCGGUCCUCACGCUCGGUGGCAAUGCCCCUCCCCAAUCGCGGUCUGCUGACAAACAAGCCAAACUGCGACGGAGAAAGAGCAGUGCCAUGACGCUUUUGGAAAUGGAAGCUCCCGAAUCCAACCGACAGUCCGAAUAUUUCACGUCCAUGGGACGGUUCACUCUGAAGGACCUGCUGCUGUCCAAUCUGCGAACCGAGUCGCAACCCACUGGAACAUCUGCACUUCAGCUGUUCCAGUCGAUGCUUCUCCGACAUCCCCAAUUCUGCGUUGACAGAUUGAUCAUUGUCGUACCCGACCCAAAGGCCACCAACUUUCCUGAGCCACCCAAGAUGCCAGUCAUUCCCAAAGACGAAGAUGAUGAUGACACUUUCACCUAUCCUGGCGCCGAGACUGAAGGCGUGCCGAGCGGCCCUGUUUUUUAUCAGCCCGAAAUCACAUAUUCUACCCAUGAGCGCGAGAUGGGACUGUAUCUCACGCUGGUUUCUCGCGUGGAUCCGUCGCACAACGAAGAUGCGUUCAGCACUGGAUACGACCACUACCUGUGUGAUGCGAUCAUUGCAAUCCAGAGCCAGCCCGCAUUCCAGCUUGACAUGAGCAUCAGCGAGCGCCAGAAACUGAAGCACAGGCUUAACCCUAAUGACCCCAUCUUGUCCCUCAUCCUCGAGUCCCUCCGCAAGUUUUUCUCGAACACGCCCGAAUUCAACCUCGCCCUCACUGGCGUCCUAGCGACGCUAGCUCUGCAUCCAGAUCGCUCCAUGGCCGGAUGGCUGACCUUCUCGCUGGGUGAUCCGUCCGACGAACCGCCUCCGACAAUAGAAACCGAAUAUCCCGAGUUUGGCGAUGGCGACGACCGUUCGGUCGAUUUCGUCAUAGAGGAAAAACUCUCGACAGACACCAACAUCUUGCCUGCCUCCCGUAUGGAUGCCGCCUCGCGGCCCAUUGUUCACACCGUAUUCCACGGUCUGGUGUCUCAACUGGAACGCUACCGGCAAUUGGUCGACAAUUUUGACAAAUUUCUUCUCGAACGAAGGCAGGGGUUGUUAUUCUCGGAGAACCUGAACGACGCAUUAUCGCUCGCUCUCGAGUUGACAGACGAGCCAGCUCAGCUCCCCCCAGCGCCAGAACCGGUUCAGGCGCCGAAGCCCAAGUCUGCCAUCCCAGCGGCUGCGACCUCCUUCGUCAACUCAUUCCUCACUCCCAAAAAGAGCAAACCGACAAAGCCGGCCAUCCCCAACAACCUAACGACGCCUCAAAAGGACGAGCGGAAUCGGGGGAUCUCAGCCAGUCCCUUUGGUCCACACUAUCAGCAGACUGGUUCCAUCAGUGUCGAGCCGUUUGUGGCUCCCAUUCCUCCAAAUGGCCCGUGGACACCAGCGAAAUCCUCUCUAUACAUUGCCGAGGACGAGGAUGUCUUUGGCUCUGUCUGGUCCGACAACCCUUCGUCAACAAAACGGGAUCGCGCGGAGGAGCAGCCAGAGAAACUUGCGAAUGUCACCUUGUCUCAGCUGCUGGACAACGUGGUCAUCCUCGAGGAGAGCAUCAAAGAGCUCGUCGCCAUCAUCCAUGCUCGCCGCAGCAUGGGCAUAGACUCGGUUCGCUACGUUUAACCUCACUUGCAUCUGUAUUUACAAUGUACAACAUUCGUCGGAGAUAUACCAUCUGCACACAUUCCAGUUUCCAAUUGGCGCCUCACGAUUUGCUCUUUUUCGUCUUGGAUUUGGCAGAUGAGCGGGGCUUGUCGCCCAAUAGCUUCUGCUGAAGCUUCUCGAACUCUUCGCCGUCGAUCGGGGGCGGAGCAACUCGUUGUUUCUUCCGUGACGAUGCUGAUGCCUCCUCAAGGUCAUCACUGGUCCGUUUCUUCCCCUUCCCUUUCCGAGCGGCCUUGGGUUCCGGCUCUGCGUAUUUUUCGGCCAAACUGUCGAAGAAAUUCGCGCUCUUCUUCUGCUUUUUCAGAAUCAGAGCUUGCAGCGCCGACACGUCCCCAUCCUCGUCCUCCGCGGCCGUCUGCUUUGCCUUCCCUUUGCCCUUGGCGCGACUCUGACGCUCUGUCGCCUUCCCGCUCCCGUAGAAUUCAUCCCACACUCCCAGCUCCUUCGCCAUCUGCUCCGCUUCCUCUGCCUCCUUCUCCCCCUGCUUCUUUCUCACCAGUUUAGCCUUUUCGUCCUUGACGCCAGCUUCCCACGCAGCCAGAGACUCAAGCGCACCCUCUUUGAUCAGUCGAGUAAUAGCCACGAUGAAUCGCGGCUCGUCGUCGAAUGUCGAAUGAGGGAUGUAGGUCAUGAUAUCGGAGAUUGAACCCUCCGUCUCUACGUAUGCGGCUUUGAGAUCCUCAAGCUCUUCGUCUGACCCUGUGAGCUCGAAUGAGGAACACGAACAUUGGGGACAGGCACGGGAAGCGCACCUUGGUACUCUUUCUUCAUCUCGUCCAAUUUGCCGCGCGUGACGCGAUCGAAGAGGUCUUCGAAAUACGCUUCCCAGCCAUCCUCUGCCACAUCAUCGAAUCCCUCGUCGGUUUUGCCCGUCCGGUCAUAGCGCUCCCGUCUUUUCUCGUCGCUGAGGACCGCAUACACGAAGCCUAUCUGCUGGAACUUGACAGCAGCUUCGGCUUUCCUCUCGUCGGUGGCUGUAGUCAAUUUGUCUGGGUGGUGUUGGAGAGCGAGGCGACGGUAAGCUUUCCUUAUCUCGUCGGAUGAAGCGGAGCUAGUGAGAGAAAGCACAGCAUAGAGAUCGACUGACUCUUGGUCAGGGAAGAAUUGGGUUAUAGGAUCUUCACCGUCCAUGCUGGUCACGGUUGUGGAAUACGAGCUUAGGUGUCACAAACGCGUAUCGUCACAUCAAUCGUCACGCAUGUCAGUUCGUAAGCACAAAUAGUACUGAUGAAUCAGCGCCUGUAACGACUGGAAUCUCCUUUGACUCCACCGCCUGCUGCGGAUUGCCUGAUUUCCUCUUCGUCAAGUCCAGCCUCGGCAAGGAUUUUUUCCACCUCUUUUAAUAUGGGCUUGUACUCGUCGUACGUCUGUUGAGCAAGCGCAAAUCCAUCGCGGCGAAGUUGUUUUCCUUGGUUGUCUGUGUU